AUGACUUCCUGGAUGCCACUCCAAUACGGCCCAAUGACCAACUCGCCACAAUACACACCAAUCUUCCACCAGGACUACACCACAAUAUCAGAGCCCCCCACUAAUCUCACAGACACCGCUGCAUCCAACCUCCCUGAGCGAGCCUACCCCCUAUGUCGUCUCUGCAGAGGCAAAAAAUAUGGCUUCACACACUACUUCCAUAACACCGAAAUCUUUCCCUCGCCACCCCACCAGCUCCUCACUCACAUCGAGCAAUCAUACAUCCUCCUAAAUCGGCUGCAAAGUCUCUUCACCACCUACGGAAGACACCUCACUCAAUCUCAGGAUGAGAAGGAUGUCAAAGCUUGGGCUAGUGAUGUAGAGGGUUUGGUCAACGCUGUUUUUGAGUCUGCGAGGAGCGAAGGGUUUGAAUUGGUGAAGGGAAAGGCGAGGAUGGAGGAAGUGCUUGAGUGGAUGAGAGGAGUUGUGGAGGGGCUUUGUGGUGGGGUUAUGGGAGGAGUUGAGAGGAUGCGGAGUAAUGUUUUGUUGUUUGAGUUUCGGAAGUUGUGGGAGAGGGUUUGGAUUGGGUACUUGGAGGAUUUGAAGAUGGUUAGAAUGGGUACUGGGUUAGAGGAUACGAAUGGAGGGGCUUUGACUUCGUAG